AUGAGAGAAAAAGCUUCUUGGAACACGUUGAGGCUGAGGGCAAACACUCUCCCCCUCUUCAUCUCUCCCUCUCUUCAUCUCUCCCCCUCUUCAUCUCUCCCCCUCUUCAUCUCUCCCUCUCUUCAUCUCUCCCCCUCUUCAUCUCUCCAUCCUCUUCAUCUCUCCCCCUCUUCAUCUCUCCCUCUCUUCAUCUCUCCCCCUCUUCAUCUCUCCCUCUCUUCAUCUCUCCCCCUCUUCAUCUCUCCCUCUCUUCAUCUCUCCACCUCUUCAUCUCUCCCCCCUCUUCAUCUCUCCCCCUCUUCAUCUCUCCCUCUCUUCAUCUCUCCCUCUCUUCAUCUCUCCCCCUCUUCAUCUCUCCCCCUCUUCAUCUCUCCCCCUCUUCAUCUCUCCCCCUCUUCAUCUCUCCCUCUCUUCAUCUCUCCCCCUCUUCAUCUCUCCCUCUCUUCAUCUCUCCCCCUCUUCAUCUCUCCAUCCUCUCUUCAUCUCUCCCCCCUCUUCAUCUCUCCCUCUCUUCAUCUCUCCCCCUCUUCAUCUCUCCCUCUCUUCAUCUCUCCACCUCUUCAUCUCUCCCCCUCUUCAUCUCUCCCCCUCUUCAUCUCUCCCUCUCUUCAUCUCUCCCCCUCUUCAUCUCUCCCCCUCUUCAUCUCUCCCCCUCUUCAUCUCUCCCUCUCUUCAUCUCUCCCCCUCUUCAUCUCUCCCCCUCUUCAUCUCUCCCCCUCUUCAUCUCUCCCCCUCUUCAUCUCUCCCCCUCUUCAUCUCUCCCUCUCUUCAUCUCUCCCCCUCUUCAUCUCUCCCUCUCUUCAUCUCUCCCCCUCUUCAUCUCUCCCUCUCUUCAUCUCUCCCCCUCUUCAUCUCUCCCUCUCUUCAUCUCUCCCCCUCUUCAUCUCUCCCCCUCUUCAUCUCUCCAUCCUCUUCAUCUCUCCCCCUCUUCAUCUCUCCCUCUCUUCAUCUCUCCCCCGCUUCAUCUCUCCCCCUCUUCAUCUCUCCCCCUCUUCAUCUCUCCCCCUCUUCAUCUCUCCCCCUCUUCAUCUCUCCCUCUUUUCAUCUCUCCCCCUCUUCAUCUCUCCCUCUCUUCAUCUCUCCCCCUCUUCAUCUCUCCCCCUCUUCAUCUCUCCCUCUCUUCAUCUCUCCCCCUCUUCAUCUCUCCCUCUCUUCAUCUCUCCCCCUCUUCAUCUCUCCCCCUCUUCAUCUCUCCCUCCUCUUCAUCUCUCCCCCUCUUCAUCUCUCCCUCUCUUCAUCUCUCCCCCGCUUCAUCUCUCCCCCUCUUCAUCUCUCCCCCUCUUCAUCUCUCCCCCUCUUCAUCUCUCCUCCUCUUCAUCUCUCCCCCCUUCAUCUCUCCCCCUCUUCAUCUCUCCCCCUUCAUCUCUCCCCCUCUUCAUCUCUCCCCUCAUCUCUCCCCUCUCUUCAUCUCUCCCCUCUUCAUCUCUCCCCCUCUUCAUCUCUCCCCCUCUUCAUCUCUCCCCCUCUUCAUCUCUCCCCCUCUUCAUCUCUCCCCCUCUCUCUCCUUCAUCUCUCCCCUCUUCAUCUCUCCCUCUCUUCAUCUCUCCCCUCUUCAUCUCUCCCCCUCUUCAUCUCUCCCCCUCUCAUCUCUCCCCUCUUCAUCUCUCCCCCUCUUCAUCUCUCCCCCUCUUCAUCUCUCCCUCUCUUCAUCUCUCCCUCUCUUCAUCUCUCCCCCUCUUCAUCUCUCCCCCUCUUCAUCUCUCCCCCUCUUCAUCUCUCCCCCUCUUCAUCUCUCCCCCUCUUCAUCUCUCCCCUCUUCAUCUCUCCCCCUCUUCAUCUCUCCCCCUCUUCAUCUCUCCCCUCUCUCAUCUCUCCCUCUCUUCAUCUCUCCCCUCUUCAUCUCUCCCCCUCUUCAUCUCUCCCUCUCUUCAUCUCUCCCCCUCUUCAUCUCUCCCCCUCUUCAUCUCUCCCCUCUUCAUCUCUCCCCUCUUCAUCUCUCCCCCUCUUCAUCUCUCCCCCUCUUCAUCUCUCCCUCUCUUCAUCUCUCCCUCUCUUCAUCUCUCCCCUCUUCAUCUCUCCCCCUCUUCAUCUCUCCCCCUCUUCAUCUCUCCAUCCUCUUCAUCUCUCCCCCUCUUCAUCUCUCCCCCUCUUCAUCUCUCCCCCUCUUCAUCUCUCCCCCUCUUCAUCUCUCCAUCCUCUUCAUCUCUCCCCCUCUUCAUCUCUCCCCCUCUUCAUCUCUCCCCCUCUUCAUCUCUCCCCCUCUUCAUCUCUCCAUCCUCUUCAUAUCUCCAUCCUCUCCAUCCUUUCUCCUGGUCUCCUUCUCCCUCUCUGAGCUGUCAGCGUUCCCACACGGCUGCAUUAGGACAUGACAAACUAAUCAAAUACCACGGGAACCCACCGAGUAAUGUGUGUGGGGGACACAUUUGUGACACGGAACCGGCCGAUCCAAACCUAAACGGUAAAACCAGCUCCGGUUGA